GAUAGGCAUUAAAGGACAGUCUAUUUCCAAUUAAUUUAAUACUUAGUUUUAAUUACCGUGCUUCAAGAGAUUUAAAAAAACCAAAAUCAUGGUUAAAAAGGUCCAUAAAUGUUGUGCCAUUGUCAUAAAUAGAUUGAGAUCAUACGUUGAUAUAACAAAUAAGUUAGUUUUCAAUACUUCCAGUCUACAGAUUUAAUUCUGGUACAUUGUAUCAUGUUAGUCCAUUUUAUUUUAGGAUUGUCUAUAUUUACAUUAGUGACUGGUGACUGUUCAAUACCAACUUUACCCAAAGAUGGAUUUUUCAUGACCUGCGGAACGCUAACUGGCUCCAUUUGCCAGAUUUUUUGUCGAUAUACGAAUAAAGUUUUAAUAAAAAAAUGUGCCGCCAAUGGGACUUGGGUUGGUGAUACUUUCGACUGCACAGACGAUGAUGAUGAUGAUUGUGAGAAAAGUUUAAAGGCUCCUGCCAAUGGAUCAAUCGUCGGUGCUUGUAAUAAAAAUUAUGGAUCCGUUUGUGUCUUCAAAUGUAAUACUGGUUUUGAUCUUGUAGGAUCAGCACAAGUUUAUUGUUUGGGACAAUGGACUACAUCUGAGCCAACCUGUGUUAAAGCCGGGGCAACCAAUUCAACAGUUAAAUGUUCAGCCUUAAACCCACCAGCAAACGGUCAUUUGGAUGGUAGAUGUUAUCAAGGAUCGCCAGUUGGUUCAGUGUGUAACUUUGUCUGUUCAUCAGGUUAUACUCUCGUCGGUUCUUCAUCAUCAAUCUGUUUAGCCAACGGCCAAUGGAGCGCUUGGGCACCAUCUUGUAAUAAACCAUCAACAACUAAAGCACCAGAUAACAACAGUCAAAAUCCCUUUACAUUCCCAGCCCAAACUACUAGUAAACCAACUUGGCCCAGCCAACCAAGUCAGCAAACAACAGUUAGUCCAGGUAAAUGUUCAUCAGUGAAAGACGUUGAGAAUGGAAGACUUAAAGGCGAUUGUCAACCAGGAAUUAAAACCCGUACGUGUUCAGUUGUGUGUCGCUUCGGUUACUACGCAGAUGGAGGGUCGAAGUCAAUAACUUGUCAAGAAAAUGGUCAAUGGUCUGGUAAAUUAUCGUCCUGUAAACGUGCGCAAUAUUUACUAGUCCAGACCUGGUAUUGGUGAAGGAAAACGUCUGAUGAAGGAUUUUAUUUUAAAUAUUAAUACAAAUUAUUUUCACACUUUAUGAAACUAAAUUGGUAACUUAACGACGCGAGGAGUUUACAGCCUUUUUUAACUAAUUUACUCAACGGUGUAUUAAACUUGUAGCCUUAAAGUCAUUUUUACAUGUCAAAUGGAAAAUCUCAUUUCUCUUUGGAACAACUUUUUAAUUUCUUUUCAUUCAUCAUUUUCAAAUUAAUUUCUCGCAGUGAACCGGAAUCUUUCAAGCUACAGUGCUAAAACUUAACAACUGUUACUCUAGUAUCUGAACAAUUUUCAGUGAAAGCAAGGUUUCAAUAAAGGUUCGCAGUCAUCUCAUGCCAUAUAUUAUUGGCAUUCACCUUUUAUGAAAACUGUGCUUUAUUGAUGUUUUUCUGGUUCUCAUGUAAACAUCAUAGCAGUUAAAUUAUGUUUAAUAGCACCAAGAUUAAUCAUAACAGCUUCCUUCAGUUACUUAACAUUUAAAUUGCACGGUUGAAGGGCAAUCCAAUUUAACAAAUUGUGUAAAUUGAGCUAAUUUAUGCUUUCUAGCUUUAACAUAUUAACCCAUAACACAUCACAAUUAAAUUACG